AUGGCUGGCCAUGGUGUUGGUGCCGACGAUGGAGAGCAGCAGCCGCUGCUACGAGACUCUUCAGGGCCUUUGCUUGUAGGGCCUGACGACAACAAAUACGACACGAUAGCGACGCUGAGCGAGACCGAAAACGCCGCGGGCCAAGUUCACCCAUCCCGGGCCGUCGAGGACGAUGUACUGCCAGAGACGUCCACCUUAGGCCGGACACUCAGCUGGCAGAGCGCAUACAUCCUCGUCAUAUCUCGAGUCAUCGGCAGCGGCAUCUUCGCGACGCCGGGAGCCAUCCUUCAGUCUGUGGGCAGUCCAGGUCUGGCCCUGCUGUUAUGGAUUGUCGGCACACUUGUUGCUGCCGCUGGACUGGCCGUGUCUCUCGAGUACGGCUGCAUGCUGCCGCGGUCCGGAGGCGUCAAGGUCUAUCUCGAGUUCACAUAUCGAUAUCCACGACUCUUUGCGACGACGCAGGUUGCCAUCAACGCCGUGUUUCUCGGCUUCACGGCCAGCAACUGCGUCAUCUUCAGCCGUUAUGUGCUCUUUGCAUAUGGCAUGGAAGACGCGAGCGCCUUCGCAGCGAAAGGACUGGCGGUGGCUCUCCUGGUCGGUGUGACAGCUAUCCAUGCAGUGACUCCCAAAGCAGGCGUCAAGAUACAGGACUUCCUUGGCUGGAUCAAGGUUGGCAUCGUCGUCUUCAUGAUCUUUGCCGGUCUCUACGUUGUAGUCUUUCAACCAGCGCUGGAUACCUCUGUGCAACAAAAGAACCCGCUGUCCUGGGAUCAUCUAUGGGACGAUAGUGUGUGGAACUGGGGCGUCAUAUCGACGUCUCUGUUCAAGGUCUUUUACGCAUAUGCAGGGCUGGACAACGUGAGCAAUGUGCUCAACGAGGUCAAGGAUCCCGUGCGGACUCUGCGGUCUGUGACGCUAACUGCCCUGAUUACUUCGUGCGCCAUGUACACGCUCAUUAACGUGGCCUACUUUAUUGUCGUCCCUAUUGACGAGAUCAAGGGGAGCGGCGAGCUCAUUGCGGCAUUGUUCUUCCAGCGCGUGUUUGGCGAGCAGGUGGGCAGAAGGAUCUUGCCGCUGGCCGUGGCUCUUUCAGCAGUGGGCAACGUUUUCGUCGUUGCAUUUGCAAUGGCACGACUGAAGCAGGAGAUUGCCAGACAAGGCUUUCUGCCGUUUUCCGAUAUCCUCGCUUCGACGAAGCCCUUCAACUCGCCGUUUGGAGGCCUCAUCGUCAACUUCAUACCUUCGUUUCUCGUCAUUGUGUUGCCGCCCACGACAGAGUCUUACUCCUUCAUUCUCGAGGUAGAGGGAUAUCCCGGCCAAGUCUUUACGUUGGCCAUGGGCGUCGGCCUUGUGUGGCUACGGUUCAAGCGGCCAGACAUCCGAAGACCUUAUAAAGCCUGGCUGCCCGCUGUCAUACUCAGAAUUCUGCUCAGUAUCGCAUUGCUUGCCGCCCCUUUCUUCCCACCGAAAGAGAAGCCUUCCGGAGGGCUAUGGUACGCCACGUACGCGGUGGUGGGCAUGGGAACGAUUGUGGCUGGCGUACUAUAUUGGUACGUCUGGACUGUUGUGCUGCCAAAAUGGGGAGGUUACACAUUGGAAGAGAAGACGGAAGUGCUUGACGACGGGACGUCUAUUACGAGGGUCGUCCAUACUUAUGACUGA